GCUAACGCUAUGCUUAUUGCAAGGCAAAGCGUAGGACAAUAUACGUGCUGUGUGUGUGUGUUGACAUUUACAGCUAACUGUAUAACUGUUGUAGGCAUUCCGUUUGAGCAGUAGGCUGUGUGUUCAUCAUGUAGUUCUGUGUUUACAGUGUGUGUUUUUCUUUAUGCAAGGAAUGUGGAGUUUUAUUAUUUAUUUUUUUUGGAUUCUUUGUUUUUCUAAGAGACAGGUGUGCAUACAUAUAAGGAGCUACAGAGCUCCUGAAAUCUGAUCUGUGUUGUAAGAUCAGGAGAUUAUGGACAGAUGGAACAGCAAAGGCUGAACUCGGAUCUUCCUCUUACAUUAGAUGACUUUAUUCCACGACACCUGCAAAGAAAAAUAAGCACAAGAUCAUCACAAACCCCUGAAGAGAAGAAGGCUAUUCCAGUGACGCACAGUAAUGGCGCGAACACACUCAACUUCCUGCCCUGUGAUUCUCCAAUAAACCAGUACUGGACAGAUCAACCAAGAGCUUCUGCUGAAAAUGAGAUGCAGUUUAGACCUGCAACAUCUGCACCGUCAGAGCAAGCAUGGGAUAGUGAGGGCCAGAAAAUUGAGAGACAUUGGAUCCGCUAUGAUGGAAUCGGACCUACGGAUAAAGACGGAAUGCCCUUUGCUUCCAGAUCUAGUGUGGACAAACCACGAGACUGGUAUAGGAAUAUGUUCCGAGUCCUGCAUAGACGGUCAGAUUCAGAAGAUAGUGACAAGGACAGUGAUGAUGGUCACCGAUCGAAUAACGCAAAUAGAAGCAUUCCUAUAUCAAGUAAGUCUGGUUUCAAUGAGGAUGUGAAGUGGAAUCAUAAUGAGUCAGGAAACCUCACAGACACUGGAGUUCCAGUCUCAUGGAAGACCAGACAAACACUUAGUCCGGCCCCCAGAGAGCAUCCUUUAUCACCAAGCUCAUCUUUCAACAAUUCACACACAUAUCUCAGUCCCCCAUCUAGACAUACUUCGCUGAACUACUCCUCCAGAGAUGCACAGAAAAUCCCAAACCCAUCAUCUGAGGGGAAAUACUAUACUCUUGGCUCUUCUAAUAACCCAUACCAUUCAUUAAACAUGACUCCAAUGGAAACUCCAUCUUUAAAAAGGACUACAACAAGCAAACCACAGCAGAUAGUCCAUGCUCCUGACUUCCCAUAUGCAACAUUGCCCAAGUGUUCUAAAGAGUCACUAAGGUCACAUGAAGAUACAACCAUCUCCAUGAAGGUACAACCACCACAAAUGACAUCACGCAGGGAACUACAUCCUUCUUUGAGCCCCACACAUGAAAAAAUUAAGUUUUCAUUAAACACAGAAGAGCCAAUAGGUUGUCAAAGCUCUGCAUCUGAUACCCUGGAAAAGCUGGAAACAGAGUUGCGUCAGUUUACUGAGGAGCUGGAGAGAGACUUGGUGGCUCACAGACAUGAUCUGGAUUAUAUACCAAAACAAAACAAGGAGUUUUUAUUGAACAGACCUUCUGCUAAACCAGCAGGGGGCAGCAGUGACACAAACCCUAACAGAACCCUGCAGCUGACAGAUCAUGCAAAGAAGACACAGAUAACAGCUCUGGUUAAGUUUGACUUUGAGGCUCAGUCAGCAAAGGAGCUGUCUCUUAAGCGUGGAAGUUCAGUCCGGGUCCUGAAGAAAGUGGAUAAGAACUGGCUAUUGGGAGAGCAGAACGGCCAAAAGGGGGUGUUCCCUGAGAGCUACGUGACAAUUCUGUCUCCUGGUCAGCCAGUAAAGUCACACACACCUCAACUGUCAGCGGUUGCUCUCUAUGAUUUCAAAGCAGACAGUGAUGCAGAAUUAUCUCUCAGAAAAGGCCAGCACAUAUUAAUCACUCGAAGGGUUAAUGACAGCUGGUUUGAAGGUCGAGUUAAAGGUUCUGGACGUUUGGGUCUCUUGCCUGCAAGUUAUGUGCAAGUCAAAGGGGAAACCUCAUUUACACCAGAAAAAGACCCCAAAGUCAGUAGAGGAUUAAACACCAACUCUCCAGGGCAGUCUUCUCCUGGGGUUACACUCAAAGAAACAGCUUCAAGCAUAAAGCCAUCUGCACCCUCCAGAAUCCAGAAGCUGCCUGGGACCUUGUAUCGGGCGCUGUUUAAUUUCCUUCCUAAUAAUCCAGAUGAGUUGCACCUAAUGGCAGGGGACUUAGUGACAGUGACGCAGCAUUGUGAAGAUGGCUGGUACAUUGGUGUCUGCUGGAGGACAGAACGUUUUGGAACCUUUCCAGGGAACUAUGUGGCCCCUCAUGUUACCUUGGAUACUCCCAUGACAUCUCUUAAGGAUCUUUCCAUGUCAUACAAUACAUUACAUUUUAAUAAAUCCUAAACUUAUUCAAA